AUGUCAACUUGUCUAGCGCAGAGGCCGCAGAGCGCAGCGCAGUCAAAGAGCAUAUAAUCACUACGUUCUAAGCGCAGUUGUUGUCACAGACUAAUAAGAGAUACUACGUGGUUGUUGUUGCACUUAUUGCCGCCUGGUCAUGCUUUUGUGGAAACAUUGUAAUGGCUGCUAAGCAAAUAGAUUUAAAUACCACUUAUUUGGUAGUAGGUGGUGGUAUUGCUGGGGUAACAUGUGUAGAGGCUUUGGCUAUACUGAAUCCCGAGGAAACAUUGGUAAUGAUAACAGCAUCUUCACUGGUGAAAAAUGUGAGCAAUGUCAGUUUUUUCGCGAAAACUGUGGUUAAGUUCGAUGUAAACGAAACUGAAGCAAGUUCGCUGCAAAGAAUACACCCCAACUUGAAUAUAGUUUAUGAUUCAUUACAAAGUGUAGACACGAAAAAUAAAUUAGUGAGAACAUCAAAAGGUGUGAUUAUUAAAUAUGAUGUAAUAUGUAUAUGUACAGGAGGCAUACCAAAGCUCAUCUCAGACUCGAGUAAAUCUAAAAGAGUGCUUGGAAUCAGAGACACCGAGUCUGUUCACGAGUUUCAAGAGAAACUGAAAACAGGCCGAAGAAUGGUUAUUGUUGGUAAUGGUGGCAUUGCAUCAGAAAUUGUUCAUGCAACUAGAGGAAUCCAAAAAGUUUGGGUGAUAAGAGAUGACUACAUAUCUUCGACAUUCAUAGAUCCUGGUGCUGCUGAAUUUUUCCAAAACUCUUUCCGGAGCAAAACCUCGAAAGCUGAUCCACCUAAACAUAUUAUAUCAAGGAGGCAUGUGUUUUCCGAGGAAGACACUGUUGUUGCUUUGAAUAAGGACCUGAAAUCUGCUGCCCUUGGACCAGAUUGGUUUAGGAAACUUGAGAGUAUAAGAAAUGAAGCUGGGGAGCAAGAAUUAGAUAUAAUUUAUAAAACUGAAAUUGAAUCUGUCAAUGAAAUUUGGGGUAAAGAAUACCCAUUACAAGUUAAGCUGACUAAUGGUAGAACAGUAUUAUGUGACUUUGUUAUUUCAGCAACAGGAGUGGAGCCCGCUGUUAACUUUUUAUGGGAUCAGGAACCAGAGAAGGGACCUGACGGUGGAUUAGCAGUUAAUGAGAACCAAGAAACAACCAUUAGAGAUGUAUUUGCUGCUGGUGAUGUAGCUCAUGCUGCGUGGACUCAUGCCCCACACUGGUUUCAGUUAAGACUCUGGACCCAAGCAAGACAGAUGGCAGCAAUGGCUGCUAAGUCAAUGCAUGCCCGCACUACAAACCAAGAAGUCUUACAAGAUUUUUGUUUUGAAUUGUUCACACAUUGCACAACUCUUUUUGGUUACAGGGUGGUAUUACUUGGUAAAUAUAAUGGACAAGGAUUGGGGACUGAUUAUGAAAUUCUGUUAAGAACAACUCCUAACCUUGAAUACGUAAAAUUUGUGCUUCAAAAUGGUAGACUUCAAGGAGCAAUUUUAAUAGGGGAGACAGAUUUAGAAGAAAUGUGUGAAAAUCUUAUACUUGACCAAAUUGAUUUGUCACCAUUUGGAGAUGAUAUUUUAAAUCCUGAUAUAGAUAUUGAUGAUUAUUUUGAUUAAAACAAGGCCGAAACCGAUCAGGAUGGGAUGAUGAUGACGAUAUCCCAUAGUGGUGCAGUUGACAAACAGCGGCUUAGUAAUAAUAACGACCAUCCGGGUUUGACCCCCGGAUGUGUAUGCAGAUAUUACAUUUUGUAUUUUUUUGCACUUGGAUUUCAUAUUUUUGAUGGACUAAACCACUGUGAAGCUCGAUAUAAGCAUAACAGUUUCAGCUUGUACAAAACUUUUCUUGUGUUUAGUUGUUCUCCCUGCCUGUAAGUCACAUUUCUGAAAUAAUUUGUGAAAUUUUGUGAGCAGUUUCAAUUAUUAUUAUUUUGUUCAUUAAGUUUUAUUUUGUGUUAAUCCAGUCACUGCCAGGGGCGUGAUUUUGUAUGACGAUGAAUGCAUAUGUGCGUUGCUGGCAGCGAAUUUGUUUAUCCAUAAUAUACUAUGUUUAUCAAUAAUAAUAUACUUACUUCAUUAGUCAUUACUCAUUACUUUCUAACCAAAUGUUCCAUGACACUCACACUUUUUUUUAAAUAUUGUUAUUUAACUGAAAUUGUUUAUUAUUAUUUAGGCCAAUGAAAAGACAAAAUAUAGAAUUCAAGUGUGGAGUAUA